AAGAGGGAAUUAAGACAAUCCACACGUCAAGAGUGGAUUAGAAAGACAACAUCUUGCAUUGAUAUGAUUAUAAAUUUGAACACGGCCAUCCCAAAUAAUAAGUUAUCUCAAGAUGCAGACGCAGGCAGUACUAUACCUUGGCGUCUGCAUUCUGAGCUUUUUCUGUAUUAUAUCACUUCCUGUGUCUGGCAAUCAAAUGCAUGAGAAAUGCCAAGAAGCAAGUACUUUGAUCAACAACCUAACUGCAACAACCCCACGUGAUGAUGAUGGAUGUGUAAUGAAAUUUCAGACCAAGAGAGGAAUAUGUUGUUUAAUAGGAAUAAAGUUGAAUCAGCGAGAGCAUUUCAAGGGGAGAUAUUUCAUAGAUAAUCAAUGCUUUAAGUUCAAGUGUCUUUACAAUGGGAAGAAAAGGAAGUGGGAAAAAUGCAAAUGUCGGAAGAAUAAGGAUUUGUUUGCUCGUUUCGACAAAGAUGACGACGACGACGAUGAUGACGAUUAG